CAUCCAUUAAGGGGCAGACUUAAUGGAAAAUCUUCUCACAGCCAAAAGGUUUUUAAACGACCUCUUCGGUCGUCUUCAAUUUCAUAGCAAUGCGCCAUUGCAGUAGUACAUCAAUGGAGUCCAGUCUCUCUGCUUCCCUCGGCCUCCCAGCGCCAGACCACCACCGUGAAAUGGCCGUUGAUUUCCCGAAUCUCUUCCCCCAAUUCUCCUCCCUGCUCAUUUCCCACCAAAACCCACAAAAACCCAUCCCUAGAAAUAGAACCCUCCCUUUCGCCUCCAGUUCCAUCUCCUUAUCCACAUCCCAACAACAACCCUCCCACAACCGAACCGCCCUCACCGCCCCCGCCAACCUCAAAUCCCUAAUCAGCAACCUCUCCGUCUUCGAGCGAGCCCUCAUCGGAGCCGGCGGGGGCGGACUCGCCGGCGCCUUCACCUACUUCUGCCUCCUCCCUCUCGACGCCGUCAAGACCAAGCUCCAGACCAAGGGGGCCUCCCAGAUCUACGCCGGCACGCUCGACGCCGUCGUCAAGACCUUCCACGAGAAGGGCAUCCUAGGGUUCUACCGCGGCGCCUCCGCCGUAAUCGUUGGAUCCGCUGCCUCAUCCGCGGUCUACUUCGGCACAUGUGAGUUCGGCAAAUCGAUUCUCUCCAAGUUCGAUGACUUCCCUCCUCUGCUCAUCCCUCCCACCGCCGGGGCAAUGGGCAACAUCGUCUCCUCUGCAAUCAUGGUCCCUAAAGAACUAAUCACUCAGCGGAUGCAGGCGGGAGCAAAGGGGAGGUCGUGGGAAGUUCUGGUGAAGAUUCUGGAGAAGGACGGCGUAUUGGGUCUUUACGCUGGUUACUCGGCCACAUUGCUGCGGAAUUUACCUGCUGGGGUGUUGAGUUACUCCUCGUUCGAGUACUUGAAAGCUGCGGUGUUGAGCAAGGCCAAGAAGGCGCAAUUGCAGCCAAUUGAGAGCGUGGUCUGUGGAGCAUUGGCAGGGGCGAUCUCGGCUUCUUUGACAACUCCACUUGAUGUUGUGAAGACGAGGUUGAUGACUCAGAUGAGCAGAGAAGCCAGGGGAGGGGUUGGGGACACGGUGAAGCAGAUUCUGAUGGAGGAAGGGUGGGUUGGAUUCACAAGGGGAAUGGGUCCGAGAGUGCUUCAUAGUGCUUGCUUCUCGGCAAUGGGAUAUUUUGCAUUCGAGACUGCUAGGCUCGCGAUAUUGGAUCAGUAUUUGAAGCACAAGGAGUUGCAGCAGGAAUUGGAUGCUGUUGUUCCAACUUGAAAGUGAAGUUUUAUUCUUGAUGGUGAUCAAUUCUUACCCUUUUCUUUAUAUAUUGAAAAGUUGAUCCCUUUGAUGUUUGUUGUUUCUUACUUUGCAAUGGUUGUGUAUAGGACUAAAGAAUGUGCGGCUAUAUAUCUCCCCAUCUAUCUAUGAGAUUUCUGCGUGAACUAUGCGUAUGAAGCAUUUUUAGUUUUGAGUGGUAAUGAUAGAAUAGGAUGUAACUAUAAUUGAGCUAAAUUCAGCAGUUGUAUAAAAUUCUUGUCAUCUCGUGUUAUCGAUAGCGAAUUGAUGACGUUUUCCUCCUAAGUGGUCAUGUUGUUCUGAGGUGCCAACUGUGAAGUAUUCACUAGAACUUUGACAUGGCUUUCGUAAAAGAUGUAUCAAAAUUCUUGCCAUUGAUCAAAGUGAACGAUGUCAACAUAUUAUGUUAUGGACCCAUAUUUGUCUAUGAGUGGAUGGCUUUCUUCAGACACGCUGCUCUUGAUACAGACAAGACAAUGUGUCUGUCGGUAAGAUUGUCGUGUUAGCCUGUCAUGCUAAGGUGUGCUCUGGUUGCAGCUCUGAAGCAAGUACAAUGCAACGGUGUUACAGCAAGAUACUGGAUUACUGGGUUGAGCUUUAAGGAAACACUUUCAACUCCUGCAGAUAUUGAGGGCUGCUGAUCUGUGACUUUUAGAGGCUUGGAGGCCGUGGCGGAUCCAAAAUUUUUUUGGAGGGGUGUUCUCUUCCAAAAAUUAAAUUAAAUUAAUAAUUAAAGUAAAUAAUACAUAAAUAAUAAAAUAUCCAAUUAGUACAAAUGUUGAUAAAAAGCCAUGAUGUGUUUUCAUAUUUCGAAAAAAAAAUAUAAGAUAGAUUUGGUGUCUACACAGAUCAAUAAAUCAUUAUAGCCUACUAGAUCGCAUAUUCAAUUUCUAACCUUGUUCAUGAUGUAAUUCAAAGUUGAAAAGACUGUUUCAACACUUGCAGUGUAAGUGUGUAACCAUAAAAUCAAUUCAAAUUCUGGGUACCCCUGGGGAUAAGAAAUUGUGUUUUUACAG